CUGCUCUUCUCUGCUUUGACUUGAAAACGUCAACAACCUCUCUCUCCUUCCUCUGUUCUUCCGCAGGAGGAUGAGAAGAGAAGGGAACAAGAUAGAGGGGGAGAGGCGAAAAGGUUUCCUUCUUGCUUACCGGAGUUGCAGAGAAGAGUUUCUUUCUGUACGAGUGAGAAAAGCUGAGGAGAAUUAAGAAGAGGAAUUCCAAAGGAGCGGCCUUUUGUAUUUUUUCAGGAAGAAGGAGAAGAAGAAGAUCGGGAACAACUAGGACUUGCCGGCGAGGGACUUCGUUCUCCUCUUGCUCUCCUUUUCUGUCAACUCCAUCUCUUGGAUCGGGGAAGAGAGAGGGAGCCCGACCCCCCACUCGACCCCUGAAGAAGGAGAAUUAAGAAGAGAGAUUCCGCAACAGCAGCUUUCUUUCUUCUUUUGCACUUUUUCAGGAAGAAAGAAGAAGAUCAUCCGGAACGCCGAUGACUUGCAGCCGAGGGCUUUCCUUCUCUUGUUUCUCUCGUUUACUGUGAACUCCCGCACGCUGCUUUCAGACGAAUAUCAUGGAUCGGAGAGAGCAAGAGAGAGAGAUGCAGAAGGCGACGCCGACACGGACGCCGAUGCGGAGCUCGAUGAGGAACACGUCCGUGGCUUCUUCCCGCGGGUAUUGGAGCUGGGGUUCACGUUCCGGGGCGAGGUCCACUAGAAGCUCGGACUUCUCUACCGCAUCCUUCACUACGGUGUCCUCCACAGGAAGCCCUGGUUCCCGAUGGAAUCCUGUCCGAGCCGUCGGGAUCUGCUUCGGGGGCAACCGAUCCUCCGUCGCAGAAGAUACGGGUGAAGAAUCCGGGACAAGUUACAGUGCUGGAAAUGGUGGGGGAAUGAGUCCUGCUGCAUCAACUAAGGGCCGCAAUUUGCGUUCUUACAAUUCUACGCUGGCAGAGCCUGGAGGUAUGAAAUUCACAAUAAGCGACGUAUGUAAAGCUACCAGAAAUUUUUCUCCCUCUUGCAAGAUCGGACAAGGUGGUUUUGGAAUUGUUUAUAAAGGCAGACUUGGGGAUGGCAGUCUGGUUGCUAUCAAGCGUGCAAAGAAGCAGGCAGUCUAUGAUAAUCCUUUGAGUGUAGAGUUCCAGAGUGAGGUGAAAACACUCGCCAGAGUGGAACAUUUGAAUUUGGUCAGAUUUCUUGGCUACUUGGAGCAGGAUGAAGAACGAAUUAUUGUUGUUGAGUAUGUCCCGAAUGGAACCCUCAGAGAUCAUUUAGAUGGACUAAACGGGGAGUUUCUUGACAUUGCUGCACGUCUGGAUAUUGCGAUCGACGUAGCCCAUGCUAUAACAUAUCUUCACAUGUAUGCUGAUCAUCCUAUCAUACACAGAGACAUAAAAUCAUCCAACAUUCUUCUCACGGAAACUCUUCGAGCUAAGGUGGCUGAUUUUGGCUUUGCACGAUUAGGUGCGACCGAUGACGGUGUUACCCAUGUUUCCACUCAAGUAAAGGGAACAGCAGGCUACCUUGAUCCUGAGUAUCUCAGAACAUAUCAACUGACGGAGAAGAGUGAUGUGUAUUCUUUUGGGGUAUUAUUGAUUGAACUUGUGACAGGAAGACGCCCCAUUGAAUCCAAGAGGGAGGCCAAAGAAAGGAUAACAACACGAUGGGCAAUGAAGAAAUUUGCAGAGGGAGAAACAAUCAUGACCCUGGAUCCCAGAUUGCGGCGUGAUCCUGCGACUAGCAUGGCAAUGGAGAAAAUUUUUGAGCUGGCACUCCAAUGCUUGGCACCUUCAAGGCAUAGUAGACCAAGCAUGAGGAGGUGCGGCGAGGUGCUGUGGAGCAUCCGCAAAGAAUAUAGAGAAUUUUCUACAAACCCCAACCCCAAUCCCGUACUUGCAGAACCAACGACGACCAACACCGAGGAAGAUCUUUCGCUUGAGAUACCGGAGGACCCCAAGAAGCAAGCACAGGAAGAUAAGGAUAAAGCUUGGAAACCCGAAAUUGUCCGCUAAGUUGUCUCCAUGAAUCAUGGAGAUACUUGGAAAAAGAUUGGCGAAAUCCGUUAAAAUUUACACAUUAUAGACCAACGCUCCUUGCGCUUCAUGAAAAUGUUGGAAGUGGCAUAGAGGGUCGGUAAAGGGUGCGGUGGGUAAACUAUAAUGCAGCGUGGAGGCAACUGGCAACCUGGUCUUCUUUACUGGAUCCUACGAAAUAUUGUUUGUGAUCUUUUUUUUUUUUACCUUUGUUUGUGAGUGGAAAAGGAUAACAAAUGGCCGUAAUUUGUUGGUUUGUA